CUCAAGAAAACAAACAUGACAUUUCUUUCAGUGCUUGUUCGACGAUGACAGCAAAGCAGUGAUGAUUCCGAAAAUUCUCAAUUGCCGACCCGAAACUGUUGUUUUGCGUGUAGAUUUGGCAGAAAUUGAGUGUUUUCCUUCGAACGCGGUAUGUUUUGAGUGAAAGAAAAUUGUGUAUUAUCGUAAAGUUCGUACGUUGAACAAGUGAACGUUGUAAUUCGGUGUAAUUUGUAUUUUGUUCUGCAUUUGCAUUCACUGUUAAUUUAUCUUGGAACUGAGAAAUGUGGAAAUCAACCGCAGGACGUGAUAUCGAUGUCAACAUUGCCCCGGACGCGGACGAUGACUGGGAGACCGAUCCGGAUUUCGUGAACGAUGUGAGCGAGCAGGAGCAGAGGUGGGGCUCCAAAACGGUUGAGGGUUCGGGCCGAAGCGCUGCCGCUAUCGAUAUGCAGCAGCUGAGGGAGGAAACGGAACGGGCGGAUGCGGCCAAAAAGCAAAAAGAUGGCCCAAAAUCUUCGCACGGAUAUGGAGGUAAAUUCGGGGUGGAAAAGGAUCGGAUGGAUAAAUCGGCACUUGGGCAUGAUUACCUCGAGAAGCUGGAGAAGCAUGCCUCCCAGAAAGAUUAUUCCACCGGGUUCGGGGGAAAGUACGGAGUUCAGACUGAUCGAGUCGAUAAGUGCGCUGCUUCCUGGGAGCAUAAGGAAAAGGUUGAGAAGCACAGCUCGCAGAAAGACUAUGCCACUGGGUUCGGAGGCAAGUUUGGGGUACAGAAGGAUCGAGUGGAUAAAUCAGCUGUUGGGUGGGAUCACAUGGAAAAGGUGGAUAAGCAUGAGUCACAGAAGGACUACAGCAAAGGUUUUGGUGGCAAAUUCGGAGUUGAAGCCGACAGACAGGAUAAGUCUGCCGUGGGAUGGGACCACAUGGAGGCACCACAAAAGCACGAGAGUCAACUGGAUCAUAAAGUGGGAUUCGGUGGAAAGUUUGGUGUUCAAUCUGACCGCAAGGAUAAAUCUGCCCUUGGUUGGGAUCACGUCGAAAAACCCGAGAUGCACGAGAGCCAAGUUGAUCACAAGAUUGGUUUCGGUGGGAAGUUUGGCGUUCAGAGCGAUCGGAUGGACAAGUCCGCCGUUGGAUUUCAGGAGCAGGAUAAAAUUGGUACCAAUUAUACUAAGGUUAAGCCAGACAUUGGUGCCGCCAAACCAUCGAAUAUACGUGCGAGGUUUGAAAAUUUUGCGGCCGCUGCGGAGGAGGAAACCAAAAAGAAAGCAGAAGAACAGAAACGGCUGCGGGAAGAAAAGGAUAAGAAGGACAGAGAGGAAGCAUCGAAAAGAUUGAAUACCAACGAAACGACGGAACCUAAGAAGCCGGAACGAAAGGGACCCAUUAAUACAGGUCGUGAGCAUGGCGUUGGAAGCACAAUAAAUAAUUUCAACAAGCAACCUGAUUCUCCCCAGGAGGUUACCAGAAAGGAACCCAUCGCUUUGCCGAAGGAGGAAGCACGCACUGUCGUUCAACCAGACGUUAUACCAACAAUUGUAAUUCCUGCCCAGAGAAUGGAACACCCUCAAACACCGGAGGAAGAUAAUAAAGCUUUCAUCCCUGCAGUCAAAAGUCAGCCAGUACCAGAAUCGGAACCUGAACCUGAAUUUAAACCCGAACCUGAGCAAGCACCUGUUAUUCAAUCCGUGCAAGAGCAAGAGCUAAAAGCGCUGCCGCAAACACUUUCUUCAGAACCGGAAGAGCCGGAGGAAUUUAUUUUGUCUGCCGAUAAUCCAGGAAUUGAAGCUAUUGCACUGUAUGAUUAUCAGGCUGCUGCAGAUGAUGAGAUUUCUUUCGAUCCCGACGAUCGAAUUACGCACAUUGAAAUGAUCGACGAAGGCUGGUGGAGGGGAUUGUGUAACAGUCAUUACGGACUGUUCCCUGCGAAUUAUGUGCAAAUAAUUCAAUAGGACCAGUAUAUGUGUCAAACGCUCAAAACAUUUUUCGUUUACAUUUGAAGACAUUU